CCCAUUUUAAGCUGGCGGAAAGAGGCGGUACCAUUUCCUUGGCUGGGGGGGGUGGAGGCUCCUUAGACUGCUAAAGACCAGGUGGGAGUUGGACUGGAUGGUCCCUCAUGUCCUGACCAGCCUGAAUUAUCGUAUGGCUUCAUCCCGUUGCUGUAGCUGUAAUGCCAGCACCAAGGAAGGAUGGCAGCUCGGCGCGCGCUGAAAGCUGUCUUGGUGGAUCUCAGCGGCACACUUCACAUUGAAGACUCAGCUGUGCCAGGCGCGCAGGAAGCUCUUAAAAGGCUACGCAGCGCUCCGGUUACCAUUCGAUUUGUGACGAACACAACGAAGGAGUGCAAGAGAGACCUGCUGGAGAGGCUGACGAAACUGGGAUUUGACAUUGCGGAAAAUGAGAUCUUCACGUCUCUGACAGCAGCCAGAAAUCUUCUGGAGCAAAAGCAGGUGCAGCCUCUCCUCCUGGUAGACGAUAAGGCCCUGCCUGAUUUCACAGGGAUAGCCACUGAUGACCCCAAUGCAGUGGUGGUAGGACUGGCUCCUGAGCACUUUCACUAUGAGAUGAUGAACAGAGCAUUUCGGUUGAUUUUGGAUGGUGCUCCUCUUAUAGCUAUACAUAAAGCCAGAUAUUUCAAGAAAAAAGAUGGCUUGGCUCUGGGACCCGGACCUUUUGUAGCUGGACUGGAAUACGCAACAGACACCAAAGCGACAGUGGUGGGGAAGCCAGCGAAAACCUUCUUCCUAGAAGCUUUGCGAGGGACUGACUGUGCCCCAGAGGAGGCCGUCAUGAUCGGUGACGACUGCAGGGACGAUGUUGGUGGCGCCCAGAACGCGGGCAUGCGUGGGAUUUUGGUAAAGACCGGUAAAUAUCGACCGGCAGAUGAAGACAAAAUCAAUCCGGCUCCUUACUUAACCUGUGAGAAUUUCCCAGAGGCAGUGGAACAUAUCCUAGAGCAUCUGCUAUGAGAAAGGGAAUAGUUAGUUCGAAGAAACAUCUGUGUCACAUCAUUUCCUUUACUCUUGCUUCAAAAAUUAAGGUCACAGGAUCAAUGCAUGCAUUGCAUCAGAAAGCUAGCCGUGAGCUCCUUCCACUCGAGUUGUGAAAGGGCAGAGGAUCGGUGUGGGCCCCGGCACGGUCACGGCAAAGCCCCUUUCCUGUAGUAGUUUCACGAGGAUGUGAUGAGGGACCGCGGAUACCCAGCAGGUGAGACAGAAAGGCUACAACUAACACAGCUGCUUUCCUGAAUGACAUAGGGAGCAUGGCAGAGAGUCCUGUUUAUUUUCAAUUUUCAAGAAAUAACUGAUGAAAAGUCCUGUCUGGGAAGUGUCGCGUUCUUCUGCUGAAUAAGCUAAACUGAAAAAAAAAACCCACUGGAAAUACUCAAAUAAAUAAACCUCAAAGACUAACA